CCUUCGGCUCGUGAUUCGCCUUCCUCCGGGACGCUCGCUGCCUUCAGGCGGCCCUGGUGGACGCCUGCCAGCGGGUAAACGCUGACGCGAGUCCGGGACCAGCAGGAAAACACCGGAAGCAGAAGAGAGAGCGAAAGUUGAAGCCGCCACAACAAUGCAGCGCGUCGCUUUGCGCGGAAUCUGGGGGAAACAACAACAACAACCUUGCGCACGAGCAGCGCGGUCGCGCGCACCCGUAACCGUCUGCCGUCAAUCGGACCCGCGGUGCCGCAGAACGUACGCGUCCGACGCCGCGUACCGCCGAACCUUCGCCGCAGCCAGAGAUGAGCCGGAGCGGUUCUGGGCCGAGGCGGGACGCGACGUGCACUGGUUCGAGCCGUGGAGGAAGACGCUGCACGUGGACGACCCAGUGUUCCCGAACUGGUUCGUGGGCGGGAAGCUCAACAUGUGCUACAACGCCGUGGAUCGUCACGUGGACGGCGGCCGCGGCGAGCAGGCCGCCAUCCUGUACGACAGCCCCGUGACCGGAACCAAGCGGACCGUCACGUUCAGGGAGCUGCAGAACCAGGUGUCCAGGCUCGCCGGCGUCCUGGUGAGGCACGGGGUGCAGAGGGGGGACGUGGUGGUGAUCUACAUGCCCAUGGUGCCGCAGGCCAUGCUGGCCAUGCUGGCCUGCGCCCGGGUCGGCGCCCCGCACAGCCUCAUCUUCGGCGGCUUCGCCUCCAAGGAGCUUUCUGUUCGGAUCAGUCACGCCAAGCCCAAGCUGAUGGUGACGGCGUCGUUCGGCAUCGAGCCGGGCAGACGGGUGGACUACAUCCCUCUGGUGAAGCAGGCGUUGGAGCUGAGCUCUCACAGGCCGGAGAAGGUUCUGAUCUACAACAGGCCUGACAUGGAGAACGUGUCGCUGGGUCCAGAGUUGAGUCUGGACUGGGAAGAAGAAAUGGCCACGGCUCGAGCUCACGACUGCGUUCCCGUCGCCUCCAACCAUCCGCUCUACGUCCUCUACACGUCCGGGACCACGGGAACACCAAAGGGCGUGGUGCGAGACACCGGCGGCUACGCUGUGAUGCUGAAAUGGACCAUGUCGAAUAUUUAUGGACUGAGUCCUGGAGACGUGUGGUGGGCGGCGUCCGACCUGGGCUGGGUGGUGGGUCACUCGUACAUCUGCUACGGUCCCCUGCUCCACGGAAACAGCACCGUCCUCUACGAGGUGACGGGAGCUCAGGCUUUGGCUGCUACUGGUAAACCCGUGGGGACCCCGGACCCCGGAGCCUACUUCCGCGUGCUGUCCGAACACGGAGCCGCCUCCAUGUUCACGGCCCCCACCGCCAUUCGAGCCAUUCGCCAGCAGGACCCUGACGCUGAGGCCGGGAGGAAGUUCCCUCUGAGCAGGCUGCGCACGCUGUUUGUGGCAGGCGAGCGGUGUGACGUGGAGACGCUGGAGUGGGCCAAGAGGAGCUUUGGGGUCCCCGUCCUGGACCACUGGUGGCAGACUGAAACCGGCUCUGCCAUCACCUCCUCCUGUGUCGGUCUGGGGAACUCACUGGCGCCACCUGCAGGCCAGGCUGGCAAACCUGUGCCAGGCUACAACGUCACGGUGAUCGACGACGACAUGCGGGAGGUGAAGCCCAGAACCCUGGGAAAUAUUGUGGUGAGACUGCCUUUACCUCCUGGAGCAGCGCUGUCACUCUGGCAGAACCAGGACCUGUUCAGGAUGCUCUACUUCUCCAAGUUCCCAGGUUAUUACGACACCAUGGAUGCAGGUUUUAUGGACGAGGACGGCUUCCUUUACAUCAUGUCCCGCUCUGAUGAUGUCAUCAACGUGGCAGGUCACCGGCUGUCUGCUGGAGCUUUGGAGGAGUCUGUGCUCCAGCAUCCUGCGGUGGGAGAGUGUGCCGUUGUGGGUCUGGAGGACCCUCUGAAGGGUCACGUCCCCUUGGCUCUGUGUGUGCUGAAGAACGGUGUGAGGGAGGCAGCCGAGCUCAUAGAGGAGAUGGUGAAGCUCGUGAGGGACUCGGUCGGACCCGUCGCCGCCUUCAGGAAGGUCCUUUUCGUCAGAGAACUGCCCAAGACUCGUUCUGGCAAGAUCCCGCGCUCGUCUCUAGCCAACCUGGUCAACGGCAAGCCUUACAAGAUCUCGCCGACCAUUGAGGACCCAGCAGUGUUCAGCGACAUCGAGAAGCAGGUAGAGAAAGCUCUGAGACGUGGCGGCACCUGAACUCAACGGUGGGACGACACCAGGCGGAGGUUGGCUGCACAAAGCAACGGCUGCUGCAUGACAGGUGGCAGCAACAUGAGCCUGCACCGAGCUGUUAUCCAUUAGUUACAUGUAGUGCUUCUGGUUAACACGUUAUACUGAUGCAACUAGGCCGUGAACUUUUAAAAGAAAAACUCUGUCGCUGAUCUUUUUUCUUUUAUUGACAAUGAAAACUUGUUUGCUCACCACUUAGUUUUGACCAAAGUACAAGAAGUAAUAAAUAAAAAAACGGACCCAAACAAAAAUGAA